AUGAUAACUCACAGAUCCAAUAACGUUCAGUAUGAAGUAACACCGCCUUCUGUGGAAGAAGAUUUAGGCCCACAGUUUGAGUUCUACUGGACCCGUCAAAAAGAUCCACACAGUAUCCGAAGGAAGCUAAUUUUAGCCAAGCAUCCGGAAGUAGCCAAGUUAUGUGGACCCGAGUGGAGGACGAAAUAUAUUGCUUCCGCUGUCGUUCUUCUACAGCUCUCCAUUGCAUAUGCUCUAAAGAAUACACCAGUACUGUCUUUCAAAUUUUUGGCACUUGCAUACGUCGUUGGUGCUACUGCAAACCAAAACUGUUUCCUCUGUAUUCACGAGCUGAGCCAUAACCUGGCAUUCAGAAAACCACUUCACAACAAACUAUUCGCAAUUUGGGUCAAUCUACCCAUUGGAGUCCCAUAUAGCGCUUCAUUCCAACCAUAUCACCAACUCCAUCACAAAUUUUUAGGCGAUGAAGUGCUGGACACUGAUCUUCCAACGCCUCUAGAAGCGACUGUUUUGUCCUCAUUGCUGGGUAAAGCCUUCUUCGCCACUUUCCAAAUAUUCUUUUACGCGUUGAGGCCCAUGAUGGUUACGUCUAUUGACAUGACUUUUAUUCAUUUGUUGAACGUGCUGGUUUGCUUGGUUAGCGAUUUUAUCCUGAUCAAGUUCGGCUCAGCUAACAGUUUAUGGUACCUGAUAUUGAGUUCCUUCUUUGCGGGUUCGUUGCAUCCUACGGCAGGGCACUUCAUAGCUGAGCACUAUUUAUUGGAUCCUCCAAAGCAUUAUACCCAAUUCCAGGAUGUUCCCCCGUUAGAGACUUACUCCUACUACGGAAUGCUGAAUUUGUUCACUUGGAAUGUAGGAUAUCACAACGAGCAUCACGACUUUCCAUUCAUUGCUUGGUCUAAGCUGCCUCUUCUGAGAACCAUAGCACAUGACUUUUAA